AUGGAGCACGAGAAGGAUCCAGGAUGGCAAUACCUCCGUCGCUCGAGAGAGCAAAUUUUGGAGGUAAUCUCUUUCUCUUUUUACCCUUUUUUUUUUGGCCUUCUUUUCUCACUUGUCUUCAAGUGUUUUUGACUAUUCCUCUUCUAUACUCAACUUAUUUGGCUCUUCUUCUAGGACCAAUCCAAGCCGUAUGACUCGAAAAAGAACUGCUGGAUCCCAGAUCCAGAGGACGGAUACCUGGCCGGAGAGAUCACCGCCACCAAGGGCGACCAGGUCACCAUUGUCACCGCCCGUGGAAAUGAGGUAAACAUUCUUCUGCUUUCUGCAUUCUGACAUUGUUUGCUUUUUUUUAGGUUAACCUCAAGAAGGAGCUCGUCCAGGAAAUGAACCCGCCAAAGUUCGAGAAGACCGAGGACAUGUCCAACUUGACUUUCCUCAACGACGCCUCUGUGCUUCACAACUUGCGUGCUCGUUACGCCGCCAUGCUUAUCUACGUGAGUUGGACAUACAAUAUCUCAAGUCUCAAUACUUCACCUCAUCAUUUUUUGUUGCCACGUCACGAACACCUUCUCUCUCUCUCUCGCUUCUUCUUGAUCUUUCUCGGCGACUUCAUCUCAUCAAUUGAGUGGGAGUUCUCUGAUUCUCUCCGUUUCUCUCCCUCUCUCUCUCUCUCGCUCUCGCUCUCUCUCUCGCACUUUACACAGUGGGAGCUGCCGCUUGGCAGGAGUCGGAGCGCGAGCGAGAUGAAGAUGAGAAGAGAGAUUUUUCUCGGAAAUUUGUAUCGUAUACCUCCGGAGAGAAGAGCAGCACAUGCUGUGCGGACGAGAGCAGGAAGCAAAAAGAAGGAAGGAACAAAAAGUGAUGGGGGGAGAAGAUUUUGAUUUUGAGCCUAGGAGCACGAUCUUAUGGAUAAUCUCCGCAUUGGGACAUUUUCAGACCUACUCGGGACUUUUCUGCGUCGUCAUCAACCCGUACAAGCGUCUGCCGAUCUACACCGACUCGGUCGCGCGCAUGUUCAUGGGCAAGCGCCGUACCGAAAUGCCGCCGCACUUGUUCGCCGUCUCUGACCAGGCCUACCGUAACAUGCUUCAGGACCACGAGAACCAGUCCAUGCUGAUUACCGGAGAAUCGGGAGCCGGAAAGACCGAGAACACCAAGAAGGUUAUUGCCUACUUCGCCGCCGUCGGAGCCUCUCAACAGGAAGCCGCCGGAACUGCGCCGACCGAAGGAAAGAAGGUCACCCUCGAGGACCAGAUCGUCCAGACCAACCCGGUCCUCGAAGCCUUCGGAAACGCCAAGACCGUGCGUAACAACAACUCUUCUCGUUUCGGAAAGUUCAUCCGUAUCCACUUCUCGAAACACGGACGUCUCGCGUCUUGCGACAUUGAGCACUGUGAGUUGUACCGCCACCUCAUCACUUAAUUUCAUUCCAUUUCGUAUUACAGAUCUCCUCGAAAAGUCUCGUGUCAUCCGUCAAGCACCGGGAGAGCGUUGCUACCACAUCUUCUACCAAAUCUUCUCCGACUUCAAGCCGGAGCUCAAGAAGACUCUUCUGCUCGACAAACCACUCAAGGACUACUGGUUCGUCGCGCAGGCCGAGUUGACCAUCGACGGAAUCAACGAUACCGAAGAGUUCCAACUCACCGACGAGGCCUUCGACAUCCUCAACUUCUCGGCUACUGAGAAGGUCGACUGCUACCGUCUCAUGGGAGCCCUCAUGCACAUGGGUAACAUGAAGUUCAAGCAGCGUCCACGUGAAGAGCAGGCCGAGCCGGACGGUACCGACGACGCCGACAAGGCCGCCUCCAUGUACGGACUCGGCUCGGAGGAGUUCCUCAAAGCGCUCACCAAGCCACGUGUCAAGGUCGGAACCGAGUGGGUGUCCAAGGGACAGAACUGCGAGCAGGUCAUCUGGGCCGUCGGAGCCAUGGCCAAGGGUCUCUACUCGCGUGUCUUCAACUGGCUCGUCAAGAAGUGUAACCUCACCCUUGACCAGAAGGGAAUCGACCGUGACUACUUCAUCGGAGUGCUCGACAUUGCCGGUUUCGAGAUCUUCGACUUCAACUCCUUCGAGCAGUUGUGGAUCAACUUCGUCAACGAGAAGCUCCAACAGUUCUUCAACCACCACAUGUUCGUUCUCGAGCAGGAAGAGUACGCCCGCGAGGGUAUCCAAUGGGUCUUCAUCGAUUUCGGUCUUGACUUGCAAGCCUGUAUCGAACUCAUCGAGAAGGUAGCUUAUCUGAAACCUAUUAUAUAUUCUCAAUCUUUUUUUCCAGCCACUCGGUAUCAUCUCUAUGCUUGAUGAGGAGUGCAUCGUGCCAAAGGCCACCGAUCUGACCCUGGCCCAGAAGCUCGUCGACCAACAUCUCGGCAAGCACCCGAACUUUGAGAAACCGAAGCCGCCAAAGGGAAAGCAGGGAGAUGCUCACUUCGCCAUGCGUCACUACGCCGGAACUGUGCGCUACAACGUGCUCAACUGGCUCGAGAAGAACAAGGACCCCCUCAACGAUACGCUUGUCUCGUGCAUGAAGCAGUCCAAGGGCAACGAUCUUCUCGUCGAGAUCUGGCAAGACUACACCACCCAGGAGGAGGCCGCCGCUAAGGCCAAGGAGGGCGGUGGCGGUGGAAAGAAGAAGGGAAAGUCGGGAUCGUUCAUGACUGUCUCUAUGCUCUACAGAGAGUCCCUCAACAACCUGAUGACCAUGCUCAACAAGACUCACCCGCACUUCAUCCGUUGCAUCAUCCCCAACGAGAAGAAGGCCUCCGGAGUCAUCGACGCCGCGCUCGUUCUCAACCAGCUCACCUGCAACGGAGUGUUGGAAGGAAUCAGAAUUUGCAGAAAGGGAUUCCCGAACAGAACCCUCCACGCCGACUUUGUCCAGCGUUACGCCAUCCUUGCCGCCGCCGAGUCCAAGAUCGACGAGGAUAAGAAGAAGUGCACCGAGGCGAUCAUGUCCCGCCUUGUCAACGAGGGAGCCCUCAACGAGGAAAUGUUCCGUAUCGGUCUCACCAAGGUCUUCUUCAAAGCCGGAGUUCUCGCCCAUCUCGAAGACAUCCGUGACGAGAAGCUCGGCAGAAUCCUUACCGGAUUCCAGUCCCAGAUCAGAUGGCACUUGGCCCUCAAGGAUCGCAAGCGCCGCAUGGAACAGCGCGCCGGACUUCUCAUUGUCCAGCGCAACGUUCGCUCGUGGUGCACCCUCCGCACCUGGGAGUGGUUCAAGCUGUACGGAAAGGUCAAGCCGAUGCUCAAGGCCGGAAAGGAGGCCGAGGAGCUUGAGAAGAUCAACGACAAGGUGAAGGCGCUCGAGGAGAGUCUCGCUAAGGAGGAGAAACUUCGCAAGGAGCUCGAGGAGUCGUCCGCCAAGCUCGUCGAGGAGAAGACUCAGCUCUUCACCAACCUUGAGUCGGCCAAGGGACAGCUCUCCGACGCCGAGGAGAGACUCGCCAAGUUGGAAUCGCAACAGAAGGACGCCUCCAAGCAGCUCUCCGAGCUCAACGACCAGCUCGCCGACAACGAAGACCGCACGGCUGACGUUCAGCGCGCCAAGAAGAAGGUCGAGGCCGAGCUUGAGGCCCUCAAGAAGCAGAUCCAGGAUCUGGAGAUGAGCCUCCGCAAGGCGGAAUCCGAGAAGCAGUCCAAGGACCACCAGAUCAGAUCCCUUCAGGACGAGAUGCAGCAGCAGGACGAGGCUAUCGCCAAGUUGAACAAGGAGAAGAAGCAUCAGGAGGAGAUUAACCGAAAACUGAUGGAGGAUCUCCAGGCCGAAGAGGACAAGGGCAACCACCAGAACAAGGUGAAGGCCAAGCUCGAGCAGACGCUCGACGAUCUUGAGGAUUCGCUUGAGCGCGAGAAGAGAUCCCGCGCCGAUCUCGACAAGCAGAAGAGAAAGGUCGAGGGAGAGCUCAAGAUUGCCCAGGAGAACAUCGACGAGGGAGGCCGCCAACGCCACGAUCUCGAGAACAACCUGAAGAAGAAGGAGAGCGAGUUGCACUCUGUCUCCUCCAGACUUGAGGACGAACAAGCCCUCGUCUCGAAACUCCAGCGCCAGAUCAAGGACGGACAGUCCCGCGUGUCUGAGCUCGAGGAGGAACUCGAGAACGAACGCCAGUCGCGCUCCAAGGCCGACCGCUCCAAGAGCGACCUUCAGCGCGAGUUGGAGGAGCUCGGCGAGAAGCUCGACGAGCAAGGAGGAGCCACCGCCGCCCAGGUUGAGGUCAACAAGAAGCGUGAGGCUGAGCUCGCCAAGCUCCGCCGCGACUUGGAGGAGGCCAACAUGAAUCACGAGAACCAGCUCGCCGGACUCCGCAAGAAGCACACCGACGCCGUCGCCGAGCUCACCGACCAGCUCGACCAGCUCCAGAAGGCUAAGGCCAAGGUUGAGAAGGACAAGUCGCAGGCCGUCCACGACGCCGAGGACCUCGCCGCCCAGCUCGACCAGGAAACCUCCGCCAAGCUCAACAACGAGAAGCUCGCCAAGCAGUUCGAGCUCCAACUCACCGAGCUCCAGUCCAAGGCCGACGAGCAGUCUCGCCAGCUCCAGGACUUCACCUCCCUCAAGGGACGUCUUCACAGCGAGAACGGAGAUCUCGUCCGCCAGCUCGAGGACGCUGAGUCUCAGGUCGGCCAGCUGACCAGACUGAAGGCUCAGCUCACCUCCCAACUCGAGGAAGCCCGCCGCACCGCCGACGAGGAAGCCCGCGAGCGCCAGACCGUCGCUGCACAGGCCAAGAACUACCAGCACGAAGUCGAGCAGCUUCAGGAGUCGCUCGAAGAGGAGAUCGAAGGAAAGAACGAGAUCCUCAGACAACUCUCCAAGUCGAACGCCGACAUUCAGCAAUGGAAGGCCCGCUUCGAGGGAGAGGGACUCCUCAAGGCCGACGAGCUCGAGGAUGCCAAGAGACGCCAGGCCCAGAAGAUCAACGAGCUCCAGGAGGCUCUUGACGCCGCCAACUCCAAGAUCCAAUCGCUUGAGAAGACCAAGUCCCGCCUCGUCGGAGACUUGGACGACGCCCAGGUCGAUGUCGAGAGAGCUAACGGAGUCGCUUCUGCUCUCGAGAAGAAGCAGAAGGGCUUCGACAAGAUCAUCGACGAAUGGAGAAAGAAGACCGACGACUUGGCCGCUGAGCUCGACGGAGCCCAGAGAGACCUCCGCAACACCUCCACCGACCUCUUCAAGGCGAAGAACGCCCAAGAGGAGCUCGCCGAGGUCGUCGAGGGACUCCGCCGCGAGAACAAGAGCUUGAGCCAGGAGAUCAAGGACCUGACCGACCAGCUCGGAGAGGGAGGUCGCUCCGUCCACGAGAUGCAGAAGAUCAUCCGCAGACUUGAGAUCGAGAAGGAGGAACUUCAGCACGCUCUCGACGAGGCCGAGGCUGCCCUUGAGGCUGAGGAGAGCAAGGUUCUCCGCGCCCAGGUCGAGGUCUCGCAAAUCCGUUCCGAGAUCGAGAAGCGCAUCCAGGAGAAGGAGGAAGAGUUUGAGAACACCCGCAAGAACCACGCCCGCGCCCUCGAAUCGAUGCAGGCCUCGCUUGAGACCGAAGCCAAAGGAAAGGCCGAACUCCUCCGCGUCAAGAAGAAGCUCGAGGCCGACAUCAACGAGCUCGAGAUCGCUUUGGACCACGCCAACAAGGCCAACGCUGACGCGCAGAAGAACUUGAAGAGAUACCAGGAGCAAAUCCGCGAGCUGCAAUUGCAGGUCGAGGAGGAGCAGCGCAACGGAGCCGACACCCGCGAGCAGUUCUUCAACGCCGAGAAGCGCGCCACCCUUCUGCAAUCCGAGAAGGAGGAGCUUCUCGUCGCCAACGAGGCCGCCGAGAGAGCCCGUAAGCAGGCCGAGUACGAGGCCGCCGACGCCCGCGACCAGGCCAACGAGGCCAACGCGCAAGUCAGCAGCCUUACGUCCGCCAAGAGAAAGCUCGAGGGAGAGAUCCAGGCCAUCCACGUGAGUUCUCAACCACACUUUUCCGCAUAUAUCUCAAUCUUUUUCAGGCCGACCUCGAUGAGACCCUCAACGAGUACAAGGCCGCCGAGGAGCGCUCGAAGAAGGCCGUCGCCGACGCGACGAGACUCGCCGAGGAGCUCAGACAAGAGCAAGAGCACUCGCAGCACGUCGACCGUCUUCGCAAGGGACUUGAGCAGCAGCUCAAGGAGAUCCAAGUCCGUCUUGACGAGGCUGAAGCCGCCGCCCUCAAGGGAGGAAAGAAGGUACGCCGCCGAAGGAGAAGGCUUCAGAUUCUAAAUAAGUCGAAUUCAGGUCAUCGCCAAGCUCGAGCAGCGUGUCCGCGAGCUCGAGUCCGAGUUGGACGGAGAGCAGCGCAGAUACCAAGACGCGAACAAGAACCUCGGAAGAGCGGACAGACGCGUCCGCGAGCUUCAGUUCCAGGUCGACGAGGACAAGAAGAACUUCGAACGUCUCCAGGACCUGAUAGACAAACUCCAGCAGAAGCUCAAGACCCAAAAGAAGCAAGUCGAAGAGGCUGUAAGUUCCCCGUUUCCCCCCCCUCCUUCCGAAACCGACAAUAUUUGUGCCAUUUUGUAGGAGGAGCUCGCCAAUCUCAACCUGCAGAAGUACAAGCAGCUGACGCACCAGCUCGAGGACGCCGAGGAGCGUGCCGAUCAGGCCGAGAAUUCGCUCUCCAAGAUGCGCGCCAAGUCCCGUUCGUCCGCUUCCGUGGCGCCAGGACUUCAGAGCUCCGCGUCGGCCGCCGUCAUCAGAUCGCCAUCGCGCGCCCGUGCCUCUGACUUCUAA